UUCCGAGGCCUCGGUUUACUUAAGUUACCCUAAUGGUUAAAGGAGUUGGACGAUGUGGGCUCAUAAACCCAGCUCUGCCAUUGACCUGCUGUGUGACCUCAGGAUUGGAACAUCAGCUAAGAUCUGACCACUGCCAACCCACCCCCUCACACCCACAUCGGUCGUGUCUCUGGGCCCCAGAGAGGAAGCAGGUCACGGGGAGCACCAUGAUUUCGCCACUGUUAGUGCUGGCCCUUGGCACCUGCCUUACCACCUCCUUAGUGCCAGAGAAGGAGAAGGACCCCAAAUACUGGCGAGACCAAGCCCAGCAGACUCUGAAGAAUGCCCUGGACCUUCAGAAGCUCAACACCAACGUGGCUAAGAACGUCAUCCUGUUUCUGGGGGAUGGGAUGGGCGUCUCCACGGUGACGGCUGCUCGCAUCCUCAAGGGCCAGCUCCACCACCACCCGGGGGAGGAGACGAGGCUGGAGAUGGACAAAUUCCCUUUCGUGGCCCUGUCCAAGACAUAUAACACCAACGCCCAGGUCCCCGACAGCGCAGGCACUGCCACCGCCUACUUGUGUGGGGUGAAGGCCAACGAGGGCACCGUAGGGGUGAGCGCGGCCACCGAGCGCUCCCGCUGCAACACCACUCAAGGCAACGAGGUCACCUCCAUUCUGCGCUGGGCCAAGGACGCUGGGAAGUCCGUGGGCAUCGUGACCACCACGCGAGUGAACCACGCCACCCCCAGUGCCUCCUACGCCCACUCAGCUGACCGAGACUGGUACUCGGACAACGAGAUGCCCCCAGAGGCCCUGAGCCAGGGCUGCAAGGACAUUGCCUACCAGCUCAUGCACAACGUCAGGGACAUCGAGGUGAUCAUGGGAGGUGGCCGGAAGUACAUGUACCCCAAGAAUAGGACCGACGUGGAGUACGAGAUGGAUGAGAAGUCCAGGGGCACGAGGCUGGAUGGGCUGAACCUCAUUGACGUCUGGAAGAGCUUCAAACCUCGACACCAGCACGCCCACUUCGUCUGGAACCGCACCGAGCUCCUGGCCCUUGACCCCUACACCGUGGACUACCUCUUGGGUCUCUUCGAGCCGGGAGACAUGCAGUACGAGCUGAACAGGAACAAUGUGACAGACCCGUCCCUCUCCGAGAUGGUGGAGGUGGCCCUCACGAUUCUGAAGAAGAACCCCAAAGGCUUCUUUUUGCUGGUGGAAGGAGGCAGGAUCGACCACGGACACCACGAAGGCAAAGCCAAGCAGGCACUGCACGAGGCGGUGGAGAUGGACCGGGCAAUCGGACAGGCAGGUGCCAUGACCUCCCUGGAAGACACGCUGACCGUGGUCACUGCUGACCACUCCCACGUCUUCACCUUUGGUGGAUACACCCCCCGUGGCAACUCUAUCUUUGGCUUGGCUCCCAUGGUGAGCGACACGGACAAGAAGCCCUUCACCGCCAUCCUCUAUGGAAACGGGCCUGGCUACAAGGUCGUGGGCGGUGAGCGAGAAAAUGUCUCCAUGGUCGACUACGCUCACAACAACUACCAGGCCCAGUCGGCCGUGCCCCUGCGCCACGAGACCCACGGCGGGGAGGACGUGGCUGUCUUCGCCAAGGGCCCCAUGGCGCACCUGCUGCACGGCGUCCAUGAGCAGAACUACAUCCCCCACGUGAUGGCCUACGCGGCCUGCAUCGGGGCCAACCUGGACCACUGUGCCCAGGGCAGCACGGCGGGCAGCCCCGCCCCGGGGCCCCUGCUGCUCCUGCUGGCCCUGCUGCCCCUGAGCAGCCUGUUCUGAGGGUCCCGGCCCCGGGUACCCACAAGUCCACGACCAGUGGCUGGCCUUGCACUCCCGGGGCUGCCCGCUGUCCGGCAGCCCACACCUCAAGGGCCAGGGAGGCCGAGGCUGGGAAGGGGACCCAGGAAACCAAAGCCCGCCGCCUGCCUGCUCCUCCCUGGACUCCACCACAAGGACCAGACCGGUUCCUGGCCUCCGGCCUAUGCUCCCUCCCCUUGCCCUUUGGCCAACAGGGUAGGUCUCUUUUGGACAGGCAGAGAGCACAGACUGCAGGAAUCUCAAAGCGUCUUAUUUUUCUAGCAAACAUACUCCAGACCCAGAGGCUCCGCAGCCUCCAAGAACAUUGAGAGUCUGACCCACUCCCAUCUCCUUCCCCUGGAGUUCACCAGGCCCUUCCAUGCCCGUGUCCUGGUCCCCAAGCCUAGAUCCCUGCAAGGGAGACCAGGUCCCUUUUCUCACUCCAAGGCCACCCAGGUGCCCAGCAAGCAGCUCCAGGGACAGGCCUCCAGCUCCGUGGGGCUGGGGCCGGAGGACAGUCUGUCGGGAUCCGCUCCCCGGCUCCACACAUGCCAGCUCCUCUCUGAAGUGACUCUGCUGUUUGGAGCAGCAAAAAGAACUUUCUCUUUUUUUGGUGUUGGUUUAAAGGGAACACGAGACAUUUAAAUAAAACUUUCCAAAUAUUUCUGAGGA